AUGACCUCCGUCCGCCGGUGGCUCCCCCUCGAAGACCCUGACUGCCCUGUGCGCGUCUCGGCCCUCCAAGUCCUCCACACCCUGCGAACUUACCCCAACUACCGGCUCCUGCAGUCCAAGCACCCCAACUCGCUGCUCUUGGUGCUGCGACACUCCGUCAAGCUCAACUGUCUCAAGGUCACGUCCCGCCCCUACCCUACGCGGAAUGGCUCCAACAACAUUCACCGUCAGACCGCCCCUCGUCUGGUUCAAGUGAUUACUCUCCCACUCGCCACUCUGCAGUACACACACUAUUUACCGAUCAUCUGCCAAACGCAAUGCACUCCGACAUACCACUGCAACAACAAUGGCAAUAAGAAUUAG